UUCGCUGGACUUCUAUCGUCCUUUGGGACCUAGAGAGUAGAGGUCACGGGUAAAACGUCGUUAACAACGGCGCGAGACGAGAACCUGAGGUGAUGGCUAAACAUCAUCCAGAUUUAAUCUUCUGCCGCAAGCAGGCCGGAGUGGCUAUUGGGAGACUAUGUGAAAAAUGUGAUGGCAAAUGUGUUAUCUGUGACUCUUAUGUACGGCCUUGUACACUGGUGCGUAUCUGUGAUGAGUGCAACUAUGGCUCUUAUCAAGGACGCUGUGUGAUAUGUGGGGGUCCUGGAGUUUCUGAUGCUUAUUACUGCAAGGAAUGUACUAUUCAGGAAAAAGAUCGAGAUGGCUGUCCCAAGAUUGUUAAUUUGGGGAGUUCAAAAACAGAUCUCUUUUAUGAACGAAAGAAAUAUGGCUUCAAGAAAAGAUGAUCACAUCUCCACUGUGGAAGUACUCCUGAAAAAUUUUGGACUUCAUUUUUAUAGGAAAGCAAUUAAAUGUAUUUUGUUUCAAUUCUAAUAAUUUGAUGGAAAUAUUGGUUACUAAAAAUUAUUCUUGUCAUUUUUCAAUGAAAAAAAUAUUGAAUUAAAUAUAAUUUGAAAUCACUAAGAAGGUAAAUUGGAAUUCAGACCAUAGAUCUUGAUAGAUAGCCCUUUUUUCUGACAGAAUACUUUCACUGUAUAUUAAGUCAAACCCAAGGUUUUCUGAAGAAUUUGAUUAGGUGUUCUGUCAGUGUUAUGGUGGAUUAUACCCCAAUAAAGUUUUAUAAUAGUCUU